AAAAAGGCUCAUUCUCUAUGCAUUACUAUUACGGUAAUAGUAAUCUUGUUUGGCUUUUGUAGCAAACAAGCAAAGCAAGAUGCAAAUCUUAAAGAUAUUGGCCCUUUUAUAUUCUCUUUCAGGGGUGGCUAUGGGUGCAGAGUGGUGCUAUAAAUCCCAGGUCUCUUGUGACAACUCAUGCAAAGGACCAGAUGAAUGGAAGGACGUAGCAUCAACUUGUGGCGGCAAAAAACAGUCACCUAUUAACAUUGUAACACGAAAGGUGACUAUUAACCACCUGCCCCCCUUCAAAUUUGAUGGUUACCAACAUGCUUUUGAAAGCAUUAUCACAAAUAAUGGUCACACAGUUAAGUUAAACUUGUCAGGUGAGGCUGUGAUCAGUAAUGCCGGGCUCACAGGUGAAUACAAAGCAGUGGAAGUUCAUUUUCAUUGGGGCAAGAAUGGUGGACCAGGAUCAGAGCACACUAUUGAUGGAGAGCAGUACCCUAUGGAGAUGCAUAUUGUUCACAUAAAAAAAAGUUACAGUUCGGUUUCAGAAGCUACUAAAGACCCACUUGGACUAGCAGUUCUUGGAAUGUUGUACCAGGAAUCGCCCAACAGAAACAUGAAAUAUGAUUCCAUCAUAAACGCACUGUCUAGCAUCAAAUACCCUGGCAACAAAACCACAGUAGGACCUGUGAGUUUGGACAGUCUUCUUCCUCCCCACUGUGAAUUGAUGAAGUACUUCCGCUAUAAUGGCUCUCUGACUACACCCAACUGUUCAGAGUCAGUCAUUUGGACUGUAUUUGAAAACACCACCAAACUUAGCAAGCAGCAACUCUCUGCAUUCUCGGAUCUGUGGUUUGAUAACAGGACUGCCAUGACUGAAAACUUUCGCCCUGUGCAGCCACUCAAUGGUCGAAAUGUUUUUUAUUCUGGAAGCAGUAUUGCAUCUGUCAGUACAGUACUGGUUGUUAGUAUUUCAAUCAUUACCUUUUUGAAUCUUUAGGAAAAAGGUUAUAAACCCUAUCAGUAAUCAGUCAGACUGAUAGAAGAAUUUGUAUGCUAAACGCUUAUUUUUGUGCAAGUGUUUAUGACAGAUUUUGUAGUGUUUUAUGAUGAUAGAUAGAUAGAUAGAUAGAUAGAUAGAUAGAUAGAUAGAUAGAUAGAUAGAUAGAUAGAUAGAUAGAUAGAUAGAUAGAUAGAUAGACAACUAAAAGAAUGCAUAUUCAAAGAGAAACUUCAACUAGAAUACAUUGGUUCUACAGCUAAAUGCUUAAAUGUUGGAAAGGGUUUUGCAUAACCAAUUGCAGACCCUAUACAUGUGUACUGUACCUUUUUACCUGCAUACAAUAAAUAUUAUAUCAGUAGUCUCUUACUAUCUUAAAAUAUCAGCAAAAAAAUAUUGAUGUGAAAAUCACAGAUACAGAUCACAGAUAUACUGUAAAUUACAAGACAGUGAAAUUCUUUCUUUGCAUACUGAGCACAGCCUUGGUCAUGAUAUAGCAACCAUGAAGCAAAGAGGGUUAAGGGCCUUGCUCAAGGGUCCAAGAGUAUCAGCUUGGCAAUUCCCUGGAUUCCAAUCAGUAACCCAGUGGCUUAAACACUUCAAAAAUUCAUGCACCGUACAGUACAUAUAAAACUGUGCACAUGCUGCAUUUUUGCAUGGCAUCUGGACUAUACACUGUAUUUAUACCUCUGUUCACUUUUAAUCUAUAAAACAAUGUUAUUCAUUUUUUA